AUGCGAAACCAAAGCUUUGUAACUGAGUUCGUCCUCCUGGGGCUUUCACAGAAUCCCAGUGUUCAGAAAAUAGUAUUUGUUGUAUUCUUGUUCAGCUACAUUGCAACUGUCGGGGGCAACUUGCUAAUUGUGGUGACCGUCAGCAGCAGCCCAGCACUCCUGGGCUCCCCCAUGUACUUCUUCUUGGCUUUCCUGUCCUUCCUCGAUGCUUGCUUCUCCACUGUCAUUGCCCCAAAGAUGAUUGUGGACUCCCUCUAUGAGAGGAAAACCAUCUCCUUUGGAGGUUGCAUGACCCAGCUCUUUGCUGAACACUUCUUUGCUGGGGUGGAAGUGAUUGUCCUCACAGCCAUGGCCUACGACCGCUAUGUGGCCAUCUGCAAGCCCCUACGCUACACAACCAUUAUGAACUGGAGGCUCUGUACCAUUCUGAUGGGUGUAGCCUGGACAGGGGGUUUUCUGCAUUCCACGAUACAAAUUCUCUUUACUUUCCAGCUUCCCUUCUGCGGCCCCAAUGUCAUUGAUCACUUCAUGUGUGAUUUGUACCCAUUAUUGGAGCUUGCCUGCACUGACACUCACAUCUUUGGCCUUUUGGUGGUCGCCAAUAGUGGGUCUAUCUGCAUUAUAAUCUUCUCUCUGUUACUCGUCUCCUAUGUUGUCAUCUUGCUCUCUCUGAGAACCCAUAGUCCUGAAGGGCAGCGGAAAGCCCUCUCCACGUGCGGAUCUCACAUUGCUAUUGUGGUCUUGUUCUUUGUCCCUUGCAUAUUUGUGUAUGCACGACCUCCAUCUGCUUUCUCUUUUGACAAAAUGGUGGCUAUAUUUUACACCAUCCUAACUCCCUUGCUCAAUCCUUUGAUUUACACUUUCAGGAACAAGGAAAUGAAAAAUGCCAUAAAGAAAAUGUGGAACAGAAUAAUGGUGGUUUGUAGUGACAAAUAA